AUGCCGGUGAAGGGAUGCCUCAGCAGCAUGGUAGAUGAGCUUGCCAGUGAAAAUGAGCAGAGGAACCAAGCAGGGUUCGUGGUGAGCCGCAGAGUGAGCCGCAUAACCACACGACAGUGCCGAAGUGCAACAGCCAAGACAGGAAAUGGAGCUCGGGUACGGCUGCUCCUUCUAAUUCAUGGUGGAACGAUGGUCAAACCUCACCACUGGCUAAGCUUCCCCCUAGACUGCUCUAACUAGCCUUACCACAUUCGGACAGGCGAAGACGUUUCCUACACAGAAUUCCAACACAUUUUUGGAUUCUCAUGGUCUACAAACCCUCAAACAAAACACCUCACAUUCUAUGAGCUGAGAAGUUCCUCUGGGGACUUGAUACAAAAGGGCCGUGCUAGUAACUGCACUGGGAAUCACAGCCACCCAGGUUCAAUGCUGUUAGAGAGGGAUGGUCACCGUGACUCAUCCAUAUCCCAUAACAGCAACAUCAAACGUAUCAUCCUAUAUUCCAACAACUCUCCUUGUAAUGAGGCUAACCACUGCUGCAUUAGCAAAAUGCAGAGUUUCCUGAUGAUGUAUUCAGAUGUCACUCUUAGUAUUUUCUUUUCCAUCUUUCAUACUGAGAAUCAAUUUCCUACCUCAGCAUGCAACCAUGAGGCUCUUUAGGGUCUGGCCAGUUUACAGCCCCAGGUUGCUUUGAGUCCAAUAAGUGGUGGCCUUUGGCAUUUUAUUCUCAACAAUUUUGUUAGUGGUGUCUCAGGAUCAACUAUUCUCCCACCCUUUACACCUGGGCAAAUACUGGCCGACAGGUACAAUGCUUAUGAAAUAAACUCCAUAACAGGUGUGAAGCCCUAUUUUAUUGAUGUAUUUCAGAGCCAGCAAAAAGAGCAUCAGAACAUGAAGGCUCGGGCAGCUCUGGGAAGCCAUCCCCUAAACAAUGCUGCUCCUGGAUAAUGGCAACUCAGGCUGAGUCAGGACCUCAGGACUCCUAUUGUUUUCAUGCUGGUACCUUAUAAAGAUCUACCGCCAACCCAUAUAGGACAAAACCCACAGAAUGUGGUGAAGCACUUGAAUAUGCCUCAAAUGUCAUCCUUCGAGGCCGAAGACCUCAGAGAACCUUCCACAGGCAAGCCAGAGAAGGUGGUGGAGGUCACAGACAAGUCUGUAAGCAGCAGAGAGGCAAAGGAAAAAAAAAAAAAAAGAACAGAGAUGGGAGACACAAACACUGUCUUCAUCAAGACAAACAAUCUACUAGACAGGUACACAUGGGGGAACUGCUAUUCGUGCGCCUGUGAACAAGGCAGGUGGAGGCCAGAGGCUACUAGGUCCCGCAGCCAGCCCAUCCCAUCCCACGCGCGAGUCCGGUCACCCAGACUUCACACCGGACCCCAACCACAAGCCGCUGGCACCAGAGGCGGCGGCGGCAACAGCAGUCCAGACCACGCGCCCGAGGUCCCCAUAGCCUCCAAUCCCAGACCCCUCUCCCCUCCCGCGCCAGGCUGGACCGCAGAAAAGCGUUUCUAUGGGAACCCCCGGGGUGUCACGUGA